UCUGCAUCUGAGAGAGAGAGAGAGAGAGUAAUUUAAGUUUUACACAUUAAAAUUGUCAAACUGUUACUUGGUGUAUUGGGGGAAUUGAUGUUUUAUCAAAAUGAGGAUGCAAGGGUUAAGUUACAGGAAACCAUUAUUUUCUCUUAUAGACACACCCAUCUUUAUUACUGACUGUGAAAGAGUAGGACAACCUUGACAUUCCCUCACACACGCUGUAUGUCGCCUCCGGCAGAUGGUCAUUUUCCUCUCCAUGCGAAUAGGAGGAGCCCUCAGUUUUACCCGACUGUGUCACGGACGAAGAGGACAAGCCCAGGUGCUGAGGAGAGGGAAAGAGCGAUAGGGGUGGUGUGGUUUCUGCAGGUAAACACUAGUAAUCUCAAGCACAGAGAGGCAAGUGCGGAGUUUACCCCACACCCAGCACGCUUGCGGACACCGUACCGAUCCACCUGUGUUGUUGUGUCUUCCAUUUUCAGCAACCCGCGGGUGGGAAGCAGCCAAUGCCAAUGCGCUCUCGACUGUGGACCAUGUUCGCAGGUCAGAGGAUGCGUAAAAAUGCGUAGUAACUGGAAUAGCAGGUGCUGGAAGAAGGGCGUCCAACUGUCAACACGUCUGAACUGUGCGCAUAGCGCCGAGCGCUGAUGUUCAAACCAUGGAGAAACAAGCUCUUGCAACGGCUCUGAGCUUGUCCAUGAGCGUUAUCUCUUUACUCUUGUUGGUCACCGCUAUCUUCACCGACCAUUGGUACGAGACAGACACCAGAAGGCAUAAGGAGAAUUGCGACAAGUAUGGGUCGGAUUCUAACGACCAGAAAAACAGGGAGAUGCCUAUAUACCACUUGCCUCUUGUGGACAACGGCAACUCCAAACGGAACGUGGCGCUUAUGAAGCCGAUUCACGUCGGGAGUAGAGAGGAGGAAUUACUUGAGAACUGGAGGGCGAUACUGGGGAUGGGGAUUCUUGAGACGGAAUGUGGGCGUCCGUUGUUCUCCACAUAUUCUGGACUCUGGAGAAAAUGCUACUUUCAAGGCAUGGACCGGGAUAUCGAUAAACUCAUAUCAAAGGGUAUUGCGGACCGAUGCACAACUGUCAAGUACCAUUUCUCUCAGCCUAUUCGGCUUCGAAACAUCCCGCUCAACCUGACGAGAACCAUUCAGCAAGAUGAAUGGCAUCUCUUACAUCUGCGGCGAAUCACGGCGGGGUUCCUUGGGAUGGCGGCUGCCGUUUUGCUGUGUGGCAGCAUUGUGGCCACAGUGGGCUUCUUUUGGGAGGAGAGCCUCACCCAGCACGUCUCCGGCCUGCUCUUCCUCAUGGCAGGGAUCUUCUGCACCAUCUCCUUGUGCACCUACGCCGCCAGCGUCUCCUACGACCUCUCCCGGAACCCACCCUUCAUCUAUGGACUGCCCGGCGACGUGGACCAUGGCUACGGCUGGUCCAUCUUCUGCGCCUGGGUCAGCCUGGGACUGACCGUGGCAUCGGGCUGCCUCUGCACCACCUACCCCUUCUUCAGCCAAACCAAGGCCCUGCACUCCAAAACCGCCCGGGAGUCCUCGGUAUGAGCGGUAUGAGCAGUGUGAGAGAAAUGAGCGCCCCCUGUAGAUUCGGAGGAUGAAUUGUUGGUGUGGACAUUUUGUUGCUGACUGAAGACCAAUAUAAGAGGAGAUGUUUUAUUUGUACGAAACCAGAGAUGAAAACAUAGUUUCCACAGUGAGAUGUGGGAAUCUUGUUGGUCUUUUUUGUAGACUCUCGCCAUCCUUUAUCGAGGUGUUAUGGAAGGUGCAGCUGUUAUGAUGUGUUAUGUGUGUGUUUGUAUAUGCACACAGGCAAACUCACACAUACAUAUGGACCUACACACACGUACACAAGCACACACACAGUCUCUCUCUCUCUCUCUCUCUCUCUGUCUCUCUCUCUCUCUCCAAGACAUGGAGAACAAUAUGAGAGUGAAUAACAUGAAACGAAGCAAAUACCCACAGGCAUAACACACACAUAAAAUAUGUGUGUAUAUAUUAGCAUAUAUAUACGAAAAAGGCAUAAUUCUUAUGGGUGGUUUGGUAAGAUUGAAUCAAAUGGACAUUGUAUAAAAAUACUAGUAUCACUUUAAAAGCAAGAACCCUCUUUUUUUUCAGAUGUAAGUGAUAUAUUUUCAAAACUCUUAAGUACAAAACUCUAAACUGAUGACAUGUGUAAUGCCCCCUAUCUUAUGUUCAGAACCUUUGAUUGUGCAUUCAUUGGGGUUUCACAUCUUUCACCCCUGAGUCAUUCAUGCAAAAUCAAAGUUUUCCAUGAAAUACCAUGAGCACAUUUUGUUUGGUCACCAAUACAUCAGAUAAUGAUCGGCUCACCAUGUAGUCAUUUUAACUACCAUUUUCAGAUGUUGUUUUUUUCAAUCACUUUCUUGUAAUUUUCACUAGUAUGUGGUACAUUUUCACAACAAGCACAAAAAAACAAAACAGAUCAUCACAAUCACUCAUGUUUCAAAACUCACAUUUUCAAUUGACUUAGUAAAACAAACAAAAUAAGUCACUUGUUCACUGCACCAAAUCACUUUUUUAAUUUGGAUACAUAAUCAAUCUAAGUGUCUGCUUUUCAAAAUGCAAUAUUCACUUUAAUUUUGAUAUGUGUUUAUUGUCAUUUGCUAACAAUACAAUAAGCUAUCACUUAAUCAAACUGCUCAAAACUGAUAACUACUGAUCCACAAGUAUGUACUGCUUAGUUAACGUAUUGUUGAAUACUAUGUUGAACACAGUAAAUGUCUAUAUUUUUACCUAAAUGUAUCAAUUUGACAUCAAUUUAUGUUGGAAGGUAAAAGCAAAUCAUAUAUGGGUGUGACUGUAAGUACUACAUCAUCAUUCUCCAUCAGCCAGUGUGCUCCAAUAGGACAAAAAGGAAAGAGUCACUAUGUGCUGCAAUUUGGGAUUAUAGUGUAGUGCACAAUGCACUGCUGAAAUACCUGGGUUGUGCACUGCUGAUACACAUUUCAAAACUGUUCUUUUUGAAGUGCUGAAUAGAAAGAAUACUACAUGGUAAAUAUAUUUUUCCAUACAGUAUUUGACUGUAACUUGACAUACCAUUUUUUUUAACAAUUUGUAUCCAAUGGCAGGUUGUGAGCAUGUUGAGAAAUAUGUCAGUUUAACAGUUUCAUAAUCCUUAUACAGCACAGUUUAGGACAAAUCAUCAGAAAUAGGGGUAUUGUAAAGCAGUUGGCUACUGUAAAAACGUAGUACGGUGUUAUAUGCUAUUUCUGCCGCAUGCAACAUUGUGAAAGAUCACCUUUUCUACGUGACUUGUCAACUAAUACAGUAUCGCCUGUCGCUCUGCUUGAAAUUCAUCAGCUUACAAUGUACCAAUGAAAUUCAGAUGAUGAGUGAAAUAUAUUAUUAUACACAAUACAGGUAUUUCAACACUACACUAUCAUUCCAAAUGGUAGCACAUAGAGUGACUCUUUCCAUUUUGUCCUAUUGGAGCACACUGGCUGACAAAGAAUGAUGUAGUAUUUACAGUCACGUCCAUGAUUUGGAUUUACCUUACAACAUAAAUUGAUGUCAAACUGAUACAUUUAUGAGGUAAAAAUAUAGAAAUGUAGAGUGUUCAGCAGUUAUCGAACUACCUUCCGGAGACACCUGAAACCCCACCUCUUCAAGGAAUACCUGGGAUAGGAUAAAGUAAUCCUUCUAACCCCCCCCCCCUUAAAAGAUUUAGAUGCACUUUUGUAAAGUGGUUGUUCCACUGGAUAUUAUAAGGUGAAUGCACCAAUUUGUAAGUCGCUCUGGAUAAGAGCGUCUGCUAAAUGACUUAAAUGUAAAUGUAUAUACGUAAAGUAGGCAUUACAUCAUUUUGGUUCAGUUUUGAGCAGAUUUAUUAAGUGAUAGAUAAUUGUAUUCUUAACAAAUUAUAAGAAAAUCAUAUAAAAAAUAAAGGGAAUACUGCAUUUUGUAGAGCAGGUACUUAGAUUGAAUAUACAUACAAAUUGAAAGAGUGAUAUGAUGCAAUAACUGUGAACUUGUUUGUUGUACUCGGUCAAUUGAAAAUGUGCUUAGAGUUUUGAAACAUGAGCCAUUUUAAUGAUCUGUUUAGAUUUUUGUGCUUGUUGUGAAAUUGCACCACAUACUUGUGAAAAUUACACCAAAGGGAUUGAAAAAAACUGUAAUCCACAGCCUAUGACAUUCUGACGGAUUCUAUUGGUAAUUUCAGUUGCGGCAAUCAAAUUGUACAAAGUUUUUAGCGAACCCAUUAACCAGUCCCUUCCCAAAUAGAUGAGGCAUAAUCACAAAUAAUUUCAAAAUGUGUGCCAGACUGUGAGAAGAAUACUGACAAUGAUAGACGAAGGACUACAGGGAUUGUUGCUUACAAAGUUGAAAAAAGUCAUUUUUCUCGCUCAUGGACACAAAUGAUGCACGAUUCAACAUUGGAAUGUGAAAACAGUGGAAACUGGAUGAGAUCAUGUUGACACACCGCGUGAAUGGAUGUAAGACUUUUGCGUUGGACCGUCAUCACACAUGUUCUGAGCAGCCAACAGUGAGGGGUGGGCCCUGAAAGUUACAUGCUGCCCCAUGGAAUGGCCAGCUUUCGCAACGACUCUUUCUGACCUGGAAGACUUGUAGGGACAUUAAAUGACUUGUGUGGACCUUGCAGGUUAUGUAUGUUCAACUCAGCAUGCUGUGUCAGAAGCAGAGCAGCAUUUCUGAGAUGGUACAUUGAGCUUCAAGUCUUCUAUAUUGACAUUUAAAUUGAGCUGUAAAUAAAAGAUGAUCAACAAGAA